AUGCAAGACAUUUGUGAAAAUAUUCGUACAGCUAUUGAACAUGGACGUACUGACAUAAUUAGAUCCCUUUUAGAUGCUUGUACGUGUUACAAGUUUUAUAUUACAUUUAAAUUUUAUUACAAUUGUCACAUAAACUUAUUAAUAAAAUAUUUUUAUUGAAAAUAGAGCAACAGUGUGAAUAAAAACAUACUGCAUAAAAUAGAUUAUGAUUCAUAUAUUAAAGCUUUCAAGUAAUAAUCAUUCAAAUUUUUUAUAUUAUUUUUAUGAUAGGUGAAAACGGUAAUACCACUGAUGGUAUAACAAAGGACAAAAUUCUAAAUCAACCACUUUUAGAGGAAGGUACUUUCCUUUCAUAUGCUUCAAAGGUAAUUAUGUGUAGCAUGUAUCAUAAGAAACAACAAAAUUUGUAUAAAUUCAUAACGACUAAAAUUUUUUCUUUUUAAUUUAUUUAUGAAAAUAUAGGUAAAUCAACCAGAUAUAGUAAGGACAUUAUUAAGUUGUGGUGCUAAUCCAGCUGUUCAGAAUAGUAACGGAUAUAACGCUGUAGAUGUUGCAUCAAGUGAUAUAAUACGUCGUACUUAUAUUGAAGAGUUAUUAAGAGCAACUGCUGCAUCUGAGUUAGAGAGAGUAUUGCAAUUAUUAGAUGCUGGAAUAAACGUAAAUUCAUGGGAUUCCCAUGGUAGUAAAAAUACUCCUCUGCAUUGGGCAGCUUGUUAUGGAAAUAAAGAUGUUGUCACAUGUUUAAUUGACAGAGGAGCAGAUGUAAAUGCUGUUAAUGGCUGUGGUGCUACACCAUUACAUGAUGCAGUAAAUCGUGGUGAUGUUGCUAUUUGUCAAGAACUGUUACAAGCUGGUGCAAAUCCCCUUGUACGAGCAACUAAAGGAACUUUCGCAGGAAAAAGUCCAUAUGAUCUUUCUAGAGGAAAACAAUCUUUGCAUAGUUUUCUUCAAAGAUUUCUAUCAAACUUUGUAUCGAGCGAAAGUGAAACAAUGCACAGUUCAACUGCAACAUUUACAGAAGGAAACUUCUGUCAAAGAAGCAUCUCAAGCAACAUGAGUCAACUUUCUAUUGAAUCUACCAAAUCACUAGAUCCAAUCUACGACUUACCAUCACAUGAAUCAGGCAAAGAAAGCCCUGUUAAAAGUACAGAGAAAGAUGGAAUUUAUAGUUUACUUUGGCCACAACCAAAAACUAUUGUUGAAUUGAAAAAUUUUUCUACACCUUUUAUUGUUAGAAAAGAACUUUUUAUAUCUAUAAUACAGGGUAGUGAAUCUAUACACAAAAUAUUAGAUGUUUGGGAUAUUAGCAGGACUCAUUUAUUAGAAUUAGGCUGUGAUGUUAAAAUUGGUGAAGUACAUCCUAGUUCUGGUAAAUUAUUGAAUGAUAACCGAAUUGAAUGUAUAGUAAAUAAAAAACUGUUUAAUACAUCCGAAGGAUAUCAAUUACAUAUUUCACAAAAUACUAUUAAAAUUGGUGCUGGAAGUUUAGCUGGUUUACAUUAUGCAGUUUGUACUUUUGUGCAAAUUUUGCGAUUAAAUAAAAGUCAUAGCAAAUCAGAAGCAUGUGAAAUUGAACCUGUUUUUAUAAAAGAUGAACCGCGGUUUACUCAUCGUGGUAUAUUGUUAGAUAUCUCACCUAGAGGACGUAUACCUACGUUAGAAUAUUUACUUCAUAUGAUUGAUUUAUGGUCAUCUUUUAAAAUAUCUUAUUUACAUUUGUAUUCAAGACUUACACCAAAUUGUGAUUGGCAAUUAUGUUACUCAAAAUCAGAAAUGGUUACUCUUGAUCGUUACUGCAGAGAUCGACAUUUGGAUUUAGUUCCAACUUUGGAUGUUGACUCGAAUGUAGGACAACAUUAUUUGUCACAAAUGUGGCCUAUAUUUCAAGAAUUAUUAGCAAUAUUUCCAAGUUUAAGUUAUGUUCAUGUUGGACCAAGAUUAGCUAAUUUACUUGUUCAAGCAGACAACUUUGAUAUGAAUUUGUCAGUUAACGAAACUAUAGAAACAGAUAUGUCAGAAGUAUUUAAGUCAUAUUCUUGUCUUCAAGAACUUUGGCAUACUUUAAAUUUAAGUUCAAAUACAACUUUACUACUCUGUUCAAAUAGUUUACAUUCUAAAGCAGAAUUUCAUAAUAUACCUAGUAAUAUUAUUCUUGUUGAAUACGGAUUUCAGGCAGAUUAUGAUUUUUCUGAAUGGACAGAAACAUUUAGAAUAGCAGGUGGUAAUGUAUUGCCUAGCUCUGGAACAGCAAGUUAUAACAGUUUAGCAGGAUGUCCAGCAUCAACGUAUGUAAAUACAAAAAAUGCAAUAAAAACUUCUCUCGAGCAAGAUUCAGUGGGUAUAGUUGUAGCUCAUUGGUCUGGAAGUCAUCAUCUUACUCCUCAUCCUUUUGCAUGGGUUGGAUAUUUAAUAGCAGCAGGAUUGGCAUGGAACCCAGCUAGUGAAAUGGAAGUAGGAAUUGACGAUAAUUAUGAAAUAUUUAUAUCUGAAAUACUUGGAUCAAGACAAAAAUGUAUUACGAAAUUAUUAGAUAUUCAUGUUUUUCAAGAUUCUGAAUAUAAAAUUGGUAAUGCAAUAUUAGAGUUAGGACGUUUAGAUACUUUAGUACUUACUUUAAGCAAGAAUCAAGGAACGAAAGAUUUACAACAAAUUCCUGAUAAUCAAGGAUCAACUUUAUACAGAUUAUUAACAGACCCGGAUAAUGUUAAUUUAGAAUAUCUUUCUGCUGAUUUAUUUGCUAAAGUAACAAAACAAGUAAAACGUAUUUCACAUUCAUUGUAUGAAGGAAAUCUAUCAUCGAAAUUUGCAUCAAUGGAAAUACAAGAGCUUCAGUUAACUGCUGAUUUAAUGUUAACAGCAUGUAAAAUUGGCAGAACACUGUUUGGCGUCGGUGUUAAUCCCAAUAGUAAUAUGGGCCUUGCAGUGAUUAAUUUAGGAAUAUGUAAUCUACCACCUACAUUUAGGACUGAUGUAGCAAACAAAAUGUUGGCUCAUAUAGAACAAUAUAAAGGUUCAUGGUUACAAAGACAUUUACCUCAGGGCCUUCAAAGCUCUUUAUUAGUUCUGACUAGUGCUUUACAUAGGUUUGUGCCAGAAACAUAAUUUUUUGAGCUUUGAAAAUAUAAAAGACUAUCCAUAUAAGUAUGUAAAAUGCAAUCAGUUCCUGCUAUACAAGACUGCAGGUAUAUACAUGCUAAAAGCAAUUACAUAUAUAAAGAACUUAUGAAUGUUCCUUUAUAAAAACACUUUUUAGUGUACAAUAAUGUAACAUGACAGCAUUCCACUUAUUUUAAAUACGAUUUUAAAAUUGAUUAUGUAUUAAGGGAACAUUCUCAAGGUCUAAUAAGAUAUGACAAAGUAUUAUUUGCGCCAAUUUAUAAUGUAAAAAGUGACAAUUAUAACUAUAGAAUUUUGUUUAAAAUAAGUAUAUUUCGUGGUUAUACGUAUGCUUUCAAGCAAUUGCAUACAGAUUGUACAAAAUUAUUAUAUACAAGAUUUUUGUGGUAAAAUUGGUAUUAUAAACCUAUGUAUAAAUGUAUUUUAAUACUAAAUGUUUCUAAAACAUUUGUAGUAAUUUUUGUACACUAUGAAUCCUUUAUAUUCAUACAUAGUAAUUUACAAUAACAUUUUUUACUAUAUUAAACAAUAGCUUAAUACAUAACCUAAUAUAAAAUUCAAAAGCUUCAAUUAUUGUUAAGUUUUCCUUAAAACAAAAUUGCUAUACUUGUAUGUUUGUAAUAUUAAUUUAUUUUAAUUAAAUUUUUGAUGUUUUGUAAAAAAGAUUGAAAUACAGAAUUAUAGAAGAUUGAAGUACAAAGUAAAAGAAGAUUAAAAUAAAAGUUACAUUUUUUAUUUAUAAUAGUAAUUCAAAUGAAUGAUUAUAAUUCUUAAACUAUGCAUAUACUUUUCAACAUUUGCAAUAAAAAUUAUAUAAUAAAUCAUAAAAUAUACGUAAUAAAUCAUAAAAUAUACUUUAUAAAUAUAAUUUAAUAAAUAAAUAUAAAAAAUAUUAGUUAAUAAUAAAUUCAUUGUACAUUAUUUACAAGAUUAUUCUUAUUAUGUUCAUUCCAUCCACCCAUUUCCAAAUCCUGUUUGCGUAGAAUUUCAUUUUCAAGAGCCUGAAGUCUAUAAAAUUCAUUGAUUUCAAAUUGAUACUUAGGUGCUGUUAUUCCAAAAAAGCCAGCUAACCAUUCACCUACAUAAUCACAGCCAUCUAACACUUUACUACCAAUAGAAGUAGUUUGAUACCAAGCCCAAGCUGUAAACAAAAACUAACUGGAUCUAUUUGAGUCACUGUAGUAUUUACAGAUGGUACAUCUGUUUCAUCUUCAGAAUAUUCUUCUAAAUCCCCAUCCGAGAAAUGCAAUACACGUUUUGGUCGUCUUAACAACGUACGAUCCUGGAUGACAGUAUCAACACUUUCGUUCAAAAUAAUUUCUUUCAAAUCACAAAUUUCAUUUUUCCCUGGAUCCAUAAUCGACAAAUUUAAAUGUUCAUAAAAUAACACCUAAAUUGCUUAUUAAUUCUUUGACAGCUCACAUCUGUAGUCUGGACUAACAAUAAGAACAACAAUGAAUAGUUUUGUCGCUUUGUUACUCAUUUGAGUCAUAUGCAUUGAUAAUGUAUAGAAUAGAUGUAACAGCUUAUGAAAUUUCAAAUCACACAUUCUGAAAUAUUAAUCAUUAUACGGAGGUUUUCUUAUUAAUAAAAGACAAAAUAGGGAAUUUCAUGCACAAAUCUGUAAUGUUACGUUAAUGUUAAAUGUUAAACUCAAUUUAAUGUUAAAUGUUAACAUUCAAUUACAUUUUAGAGGCUUAUUAUUUCCGUAUCUAUUUAUUCACUAUUUUAGAAAAUAUGACAAAAAAUUCUAUAAAUCUAUUAUGUAUCUUAUUUUCAUAUUUAAUAUAAUUUCUGAUAUAUUGAUUUUAAAUUGUAAAGGGAAAAGUAGAAUUCUCUAUGAGAUACUACAUCUACAUUAUAUUUGUCUAUGGUGAAC